AGGUACAUUGUAAAAAAAAGCUUUGAAUAUUUACAAGGUACUUCCACCCUGCAUUGGCCGACCGACGUGGAAAACAAAGAGAGGACGACGACGACAACGACAUCAUAGAUUUCCCGUAAAUUUUCCUUCCCUCCUUCUUCUUCUUGAAUGCAACAUACAACAAAAUGUCGACCUCGAGAGAAGGUCCAAAUCCGUUAAGACCAUACUAUGUUCCACCUUCGAUUGGGAUACCUCAAGAAAUACCUGCAACGAUCUCGGGAACUCAUCGAGUAGGAUUAAAGAAUGGGAGUGCAGCGUCUUACGCCUCCUCCGCUCGGGAUAUCUUCUCGGAUAUCGACUACAGUGACUACUUAUCGGAUACCUCACCAUCUACUAUUGAAUCCCUUCAGAGAUUCAUCAAUGAGACUUUUACCAAUUAUGCGGGAAUAUUAUGUGGACAACCUUUUGAGGUUGCAAAAACAAUUCUGCAGGUGAAAAUUCAGGAUAUGGAGGAAGGGGCAAAGCCAGUAGCUGCGGUGGAGAAAAUAAAGCGACGUCCUUCAGAGUAUAAUGAGGUAUGAUUCUCCAUAUGAGGGGUUGAGUUUUGUGGAGCUAAUCUGGAUUUAGAAUUACCCCUCCGAUGAUUCUGAUGCAGACGAAACCACUUACUUCACAUCAGCGGCACCAGAAGCGAAGUCGUUAUCUCCUUCAAGGCGUCGGUAUAGCAGUGAGGGGUCUGGGUGGGAGGACAAAUCCGUUCCUAAAAUUACCCCGCCAAAACCAAAACCAGCACAUCAACUGAUCCUCAAGCGAUCAGAUUCUAUAAUGGAGGUGAUAGCACAGGAAUGGUCAAGGGAGGGAGUUUGGGGUGUAUGGAAGGGAUCCAACGCAACAUUCAUCUAUGGCUUUCUGGCGAAGACGGUCGAAAGUUGGUCAAGCAGCAUGAUUUCGGCGGUGCUGAAUAUCCCGGAUCCAGGAUUAGCAACACUCGGAGCACAAGUUGAUGUAGCUGGUUCUCCUAGUCCAUGGACAUCUUUAAGUGUAGCAAUAGCAGCAGCAGCUACUGCCAGCCUCAUUCUAGCUCCUUUGGAUCUUGUACGCACAAAGUAAGUCAUAUGUCGCUUUCUACAUAGCACAAUGCUAAUCCAAGCAGGCUGAUUCUCACCCCAACUGCGAAUCCUAAGCGAUCGCUUACCCACAACCUCAAAACCCUUCCUUCCUUCAUAUGUCCUCCGUUACUUCUCAUUCCCACCAUUCUCCAUUCCAUAAUAAAGCCAACUAUAUCACACUGCACCCCGCUCAUUCUUCGAACCCGUCUCGCCAUUGACCCAGUUCUUACCCCUACGAGCUACACAACGUUUACAUUCCUUGCUCAAACACUAGAAAUAUUCAUCCGUCUACCACUUGAAACCGUUCUACGUCGCGCACAAGCCGCAGUGCUCAUAUCCCCACAAUACAACGAAUCACAAGACCUCAAAACAGUCGUCGACAUUGGCCCAUAUAACGGGGUAGUAGGUACAAUGUGGUCCAUUGCACGAGAAGAAGGCGAAUCAUCUAGUCCAGAACCCAUCGCCAGUGUAGGCGCGGCAAAGCAAGUAAGGAAAGUCAAGAAAGUGCAAAAGAAGGGACAGGGAAUUGAGGGACUAUGGAGAGGUUGGAGAGUCGGAGUAUGGGGCUUAGUAGGAAUGUAUGGGAGUAAGGCUAUGAGUGGUGUUGGAAGUACCGAAGGAGAGUUUUGAGGAUACCACAAUACCUACUUUUUGUCUAUGACGAUCAUCGGCGACUUUUGCAAUUUAUGAACAUGAUGGGAUGUAAUGGAGUUGUUUAUUUGGUAACGAUUGAUUGGGUUGGGAGCGUAAAGAGAGAUGGCGGAACAUCUCAAUUUGCGUAUAUAUGGCGUGAAGGAAACUGGCGUUCGGAUAGGUAACGAAGAUAUGUGCAAUGAAUAAAAAAGCGUACUCAUCUCCACUUACUGUUCUG